CGCCGAGCUCGUGUUGCUUCCUUCAGCACCGCCUCCAUCCUCUCCAGCCCUCUCCAUCCCGCACGCGUCGCCUUCUCUCUUCACUGCCACCUGCACCACGAGCCACACUCGCGCCGCUCCACUCUCCACCUUCGUCGCGCACCUCGGCGCGCACACCCGCGCACCAUGCAGCUCCUCGCGCUCCUCGCCCUCGGUGCCGCCGCCGCAGUGGGCACACGCGCGCAGAGUGACUUUGCCGCCAUCAACAACGUCACCAGCCUCGCAGGCACGUGGAGCAGCGGCAGCUUUCCCGUCAGCACCGGCCUGGGCUUCUUCAACCCGAUCACGAAGGACUUUACGAUGCCCAAGGCUGGCGGCAUCUCCUACAGCUUCACCAACGACGGCUUUUUCGAGACGAGCACGUACUCGUACACGUCGAACCCGGCGAACAAUCGCUGCUUCAAGGCGGCACUGACGUGGCAGCACGGCACCUACACGUUCAACGCCAACAACUCGCUCUCGCUGCGGCCGUUUGCGCCCGACGGCUACGUGCAGGUCAUGGACCCGUGCGCGGGCACGAGCGUGAACAAGUACAACUACAACCAGUUCGAGCUCAUCCCGGCAUGGUACAACUACCUCGACGCCCACCCGGGCUUCAUGCCGCAUGGCCAGACGGCCUACGCGCUGCGCCUCUUCAACGACGGCGGCAACGGCACGGCGGGUGCGCCGAAGAGCGUGCUCUGGCUGCAGAACCGGCCGCCGAACAUGCUGCCUACGCAGCAGCUCUACCAGGAAGUGCUCAACGCCUGAGCGCGUGCCGUCUCCUCGCUCGUCCGCUUCCGCUCUCGCUUCUUCUCGGUGCCCACUCAACGCCUCGUCUAACGUCAUCGUUCUCCGUCUCACAUCACUCGCGACCGCCGCGCCGACCUCUUGCGCCGCGCAUCCGUCCCAUCAUCAAGCUUCGACUAUUUCCACAUCGCCUGCCAGCUCGAGCCAGCCGAUUCGCCGCGCAGGCGCCAGGCGACGCUCGAGGCUCCCUCAUCAUACAGUUCCGCACCGCCAACCCCGCCCACACCACAGCCCAGGCUUGUCGCUCCUUACCCUCCUCUCCCCAUACACUCUGCCCCUUCUCCCGCUUCCGCCCUCGUCUGCAGCUCUGACGGUGGGCGGGCCCCACACCUGUAAUGCCGUGCCCAGCACGCGCCGUUCGCAAGACGCGCGUGAGCUGCACAAUGUAUAGUCCUCAACAGC